AUGGAAUCUGCAUUAGCAAAAACACUUCAAGAUUAUGUCCCCUUAAUCUUUAAGCAUCAAAAAGCAUACUCAGAUGUUGAUAGAGACAGAAUAAAUACCUUUAAUAUAAUCCAAGAAUCAGACCCUUUCAGAUUUGAGCAUGGAGGAAUGCUGGUUUACGAUUCAAAAGCAUUAAUGACUUCUUUGCAUAACCAUUCAUUGGAGAAACAUUUAUCCCAUUCAGAAAGCCCAAAACGACUUUCAAAGCAUAUGAGAAAUGAACUUAAUAAAGCAUAUAAUUCAGGUAUAUUUCAAUAUAGACAUUGACGCAUACUGCAGGAUGAAAAGUUAUGGACCGUCCCCUACUUUUGAGCCUGAGUAUGCUUUAAGAAUCCCUGAUGACAAAGUAACACUGAAAUUUAACAGCAAAUUUGAGUCUGGGAAUCUUUAUAAGGCUGUUAAGCUCACUGACUAUGAAUAUCUUUUAUUUUUGAACUCUGAUAUUGGCAGCUCUGCUCAUAAUCAUUGAUACUAUUUUUCUGUGUGAAACCCACGAAAAACUUCUAUUACAUUUAAAAUCACAAAUAUGCUGAAAGAUGACAAACUUUAUAACAGUGGGAUGAAGCCAGCAGUUUUAUCAACAAAAUCAGCUAAAGAAAAUGGAUCAGGCUGGCAGAGAGAUUGCCUUAACAUAUCAUAUACAGAAAAUGUAGAUAGUAAAAAUUCUUUGGCCUUUUAUGCAAGGAGAAAAUACUAUACCUUGAGUUUUACGUAUAGGUGAAAAUAUGAAAAUGACCUUGUAUAUUUUGCUUACUCAAUACCUUAUACAUACUCUGAGUUAAGCCAGCACCUUUCAUAUAUCAAAGAAAACCAUAAAAAUAUAGCCAGAGUAAAUCCUUUAUGCACAUCACUUUGUGGAAAUAUAUGUGAAAUGCUGACUAUCACUGAAAAUAUUGCAACAUAUUAUAGCUUUGAAGAUGAAGCAAAUGAAUGAGGGGUCAGUGUUGGAGGAAGAAAACUUUCAAAGCUUAAGCUAAUAAGACAGGAAAGUAUAAAUAAGCCAAAUGAUAAAGCACGAGCUAAUCAAGAUCAUAAGAAAAAGAAAGGAAUAGUACUUACUGCCAGAGUUCAUAGCGGAGAAACAGUUUCAUCAUUUAUGAUGAGAGGCGCAAUUAAUUUUUUAUUAAGUGAUGCAAGGAUUGCUAAAUCUCUUCGGAAACAUUUUGUGUUCAAAAUCAUUCCAAUGCUUAAUCCUGAUGGAGUCCGCUAUGGAAACUCUAGAUGCUCUCUUCUCGGGGUAGAUUUGAACAGACGGUGAUUAAGUCCUAAUAAAAUUUUACACCCAACGAUUUUUUAUGCAAAAAAAAUGAUUGAGGUUUUUAAAGAAAAGCAUGAAUUAAUGAUGUUUUGUGAUAUGCAUGGACAUGGAAAAAAGAAAAAUGUGUUUAUGUACGGGUGUGGAGUCAAAAGCUAUGAUAUGAUCGAUAUGAGGAGAAAUUUGCUGGCAAAAGUUAUACCUCAUUUACUUAAUAAGAAAAAUUCGCUAUUUAGCUAUAAUGAUUCGAGGUUCAGAUGUGAAAAAUCGAAGGUUACUACUGCAAGAAUUGUGGUGUAUUCUCAAUUUGAAGUUUCUCAUUCUUAUACAAUGGAGGCGUCAUUUUUUGGUCCAAAAAAUCCACGAGCAUUAGGCGAAUCGUCUUCAGGCGAUUCUCAUAUGAAUGAGUCUCAUUUAGAAACUUUAGGAAGAGAUUUGUGCAAGUUAUGCUUGAUUUUUACCUCAAAUAGAGUUUAUAUGCAAAGAGUUAGAAAUACAAAUGAAUUUCUAAGGAGAAUUUUAUUCAAUCGUCUAAAAUCACUAAAUAAACCGCAAAAUCUAGAAGUAGAAGAAACUAAAACAAUAGAAAGCUCAGAGUCGCCUGAUUUGAUAAACGAAGUGGAAGAGGGUAAAUUAGAAGAGGAAGAUGAUUUAGGAGACAUAAUAAACUUAAAAAGCGCAACCAUAGAUGAACAUUUUUGGCAGCCUCUUGAUAUUGUCGACUUGCCUGAAGAUGAAAGUGACAGUGGAGGAAGCGAUUCUUCUCCGAGUGAAGCUGAGCAUGAAACUGAGCAUCUUGCAAUAAUUCGAGCUCAAAACAAUAAAGGCCGUAAUCUUAAUUCUCCGAUCAUAAAUAUUCAAGAUGAUUUCAAAAUGCCAGGCAAAGACAAAUGCAACAUAACUCCUUUGCCUGCGCAAACUCCUACUAUGCUUAAAGACCUUACUGAAGCCACCAACAUAAGAAAAGUUCUUUACUUAAAUUUAAACUUAUUAUAGAUUGGCUUGCUUGCCUAUUGGCAAAGCAGUCACUAUGGAUCACUAUGGAUCACAGGGAAUUCACUCCUUUUACGAUAUCGCCAGGAAAAUUUGUUGGAUUCAGAUAAUGGUUCACCGGAUAGCCAAAGCUAGAACACAAUAGCCCGAUACUGCUUUGGAUCGAACUUUACUGACAUCUCCUGAUAUUAAAUGGGGAGUUGAUGAACCAGCAUUUGUAGGUAAAUUUAACUCCUAUCUGACCCAUCUAGCCGCAGACUAUGCCUUUCUUCUUCAGGGGCCUACCACUAUGAUCACUUGAAAGAUGGUUUUGUUUCUCCGUGUAAUCCUUAGCUUAUCUGCUCCAGUGUCGAGUGGAAUGAUUAUGAACUUCUGCAGUUUUCUGCUUUGGCUGACGAAGGCUGUCGUACAAAAGCCCAAAAAAGGAAUUUUAUUUCGGAAAAAAGGAAAAAUUAAAGCCUGACUCCCCCCCCCCUCCGUGAGUGAACAAAACCAUUAGAAAAAUCCCUAUUUUUUGCCCAAAAACCCACCCUCCGUGAGUGAACAAAAAUGUUUUUAAUACAAAAAUUUUUUAUGGAAAAAAAAUUUGAUAUAUAAAUGAUAAUUAUUAUAAUGAAAUCUAGAGCUAAUUCUGUUUAUUUUUAAACGAAUUGCUUUUUAAAACAUAAAUUUUGCAAAUUGAAUUAAUAUUUGCUCUCCAAUUUUUGCGAAUUAGGAUUUUUUUUAAAUUUCGAAAAAAAAUAUUUUUUAUAAAGUUUAUAUAUAAAUUUGUUUUUAAAAAACAAAAUUAACCCCCCUCCGUAAGUGAACAAAAUUUUUUUGUUCACUCACGGAGGGGGGGGAGUGAGGUAAUCUCAGUUUCACUCACUCCCCCCCCUUUAAAUUGGAACAAAAUUUUUAGUUCCAAUUUAAAGGGGUUUAAGAAAAUUUUUUUAAAAAAAAAAUUUCAAAAAUUUAUCGAAUUAGAUUAAUAAAUUUGUUUAAUAAAAUGCUAUUUACUCUUUAUCCUUUAAAAAAAAGCAAGAUAUAACUAAAAUUUUAUUAUUAAUUAAUACGCCACUAUUAAUUGGUAUCAAAACUAUUUACACAAAAAUUAUUAUUUUUAUUGAUAAAAAAAAAAUUUUAGAAAAUUUAUCGAUCAAAGUGCUAAUUUUGUUUAAAUAAGAUGCUAUUUAUACUCUAUUCUUUAAAAUAAAGUAAGAGAUAAGUAAAUUUUGAAUUUUUGUAAAGAAUUCGUAUUGAAUUUAUAUCAAAGCUAUUUAAAUAAAAAAUAUCAUUUUUAUCAAAAAAAUAAAAUUUUUAAAAACAAAAAACAUUAAAUUUUUUUAAAAAAUUUACAAUUAAGGAUAUUAAAUUUAUUUAAAUAAGAUGUUCUUUAUACUCUAUUCUUUAAAGAAGAGCAGGAUAUAACUAAAUUUUUAAUUUUAGUUAAGAAGAAACAUUUAAAUUAUAUCAAAACUUUUUACAUAAAAAUUAUGAUUUAUAUAUAUAAAAUUUUUUAUUAUAUAAAAUUAAAUUUUGUUCCAAUUUAAAGGGGGGUUAAUUUCGUAUUUCACACGACGACUAUUUCAUAACGACUAUUUUGUUUUGGCCUAUUUUGUUUUGGCCUAUUUUUUUUUGGCCUAUUUUUUUUUGGCCUAUUUUUUUUUGGCCUAUUUUUUUUUGGCCUAUUUUUUUUGGCCUAUUUUUUUUUGCCUAUUUUUUUUUGGCCUAUUUUUUUUGGCCUAUUUUUUUUUGGCCUAUUUUUUUGGCCGAUUUUUUGACAAUUUUUUAAUUAUUUUUACUAAUAUUUGGGCAUAAUUCCAUACUAAUUGUUUUAAUAUAAUUUUUAAUGUGUUUUAAACGAUUUAACCAACAAAAAAUGCACCCUUAACAGAUUUCUUACUCCAUGAAUACUAAUUAAUUGCUUUUAAAAUUUCGAGAAUUUUAGAUUUAAUUAGGAGUUUUUUCACUUAAUUUACUCAAUAUUAAUCGCGUAAGUAAAAGUCUCUGUUUCUCAAUUAGGUUUUAGUCCUCUCAGCAGCUUCAUGAAUGAGGCUAGGCAAAAAAAAUAGGCCAAAAAAAAUAGGCCAAAAAAAAUAGGUCAAAAAAAAAUAGGCCAAAAAAUAUUAUAGGCCUAAAAAAAUAGGCCAAAAAAAAAAAUAGGCCAAAACAAAUAGGCCAAAAAAAAUAGGCCAAAAAAAAAUAGGCCAAAAAAAAAUAGGCCAAAAAAAAAUAGGCCAAAAAAAAUAGGCCAAAAAAAAAUAGGCCAAAAAAAAACAGGCCAAAAAAAAAUAGUGAAAAAAAUAGGCCAAAAAAAAAUAGGCCAAAAAAAAUAGUCGUUAUGAAAUAGUCGUCGUGUGAAGGAACUGGUUAAUUUACCAAAAAAGUGGAAAUUUUACCUAUAUUUUGUUCCAAUUUAAGGGGGGGGGAGUCAGCGAAAUAGUCCAAUUGUUCUAGCUUUUUACUGUAGACGCUGCUGGCCUAUCCCUUUUAAACUUUGAACCCGCUUCCUUCGAGGUAAAAUCCAAUAUGAAAGCAGACUAGGGCUAGGCUCUGCACAAUACCGGAAUUUCUUACCUAGCCCAUGUAUCUAUUUAUAGAUAAGAAAAGUUCAAUCUUUUCAAAAAAACUUGAAUAGGGAUAUUACAAAGCCAAAACAAAGAGAAGAAGCAAUAAAAGUUUUUCCUUCAGACUCUACAAAUGGCCAAUGCAAUAUCAACAGAUCAAAUAUCAUAUUCAAUGAGCCCUUUUGUAUAAAUAACAGCAGACCAAUUAAUUUCACAAAUGAAUUAGCAUAUCCUAGGUUCAAUGAAGAUGAAUAUUUUAAUAAUUCCAGAAGAUCUUAUGAAAAAGAGGUUAAAGUUAAUAUAAUUAGGGAGGAGUAUCUCCCUAAAAGCAAGACAAAAAAUCGUCCAAAAAAGCAGCUUUCUACAAAACUUGAUCCUUUUUCAGAUGAAAGAAGAUUGCCUUUUAUAUAUAACCCUGAAAAAAAGUUUGCAAAUAAAUUUAUUUUGAAAAGCAAUGAAAAAACAAAAGUUAGUGAUCUAUCAUAUACAACUAAAGACUUUUGGAAUAAUUUCAGCGCCACUAACCCUUCUAUUUAAAAAUGGAUUUUACUCGGCAAUUGAGGAAGCUUAACUCUUAUUUUGUAACGGAUUUCAAAAAGUCUUGGCUACAAAUAUUUGAAAGAAAAUCUAGUUUACUUUAUAAAGUUUAUGCCUUAAAAUGCAAGCUGUAUAAAAAUUAGCUCGAGGUUUUGCUAUAAUAAUUAUUAGUUAUGCAUCAAUACAUUUUAAUAAAUUUCUUCAUUUGUUGCUAGAUCGUGAAAAACUUUUUUUUUUCCAAAAAUAACUGUUUUCCAAUAGUUUUAAAGAGGGAUUAAGCGCUAA